AUGACGAAGAAGAGCUUUGAUGAUAGGUCCCAAACACGAAUAAGUCUUUCUAUCAAGGCCCACCGGUCUUCUACCACAGAUGCCCGCCCCGUACCGCUCAGCCAUUCGCGUACGUUCCAAUGGAGCGAAACCCCCGCCGUGUCAGUGGAAAUCAACUCUCCUGACUUCCUCUUCAAAUAUGGCCAAGCAUGUUAUAUGGACUCGUCGGCGUCACUCAUCGCCAUUGGCACCGAACGGGGCUACGUGGUGGUGUUUGGCUACCAUCAGGAAGUUAUUCACGUGCUUACACCCGAACAUACCACUGCUAUACCCGAGCUGCCACCCAUUUCCCUGACCGGGUACAUUGUUAAUACGUCAGUCUCCAGCUUGGCGAUAUCACUGGACCUGACAGUGGUGGUUUCUGGGCACACCAACGGCCUCAUAGUCAUAUGGGAGUUGAAAUCAGGCCAGGAACUCACCCCACCACUCCACCAAAUCAAACCCAUCACUUUUCAAGACCGAUUCCACAAGAACAAAGAGGGCCAUUUGAGUAUCACCAUCACCAGCAUCAAAAUCUUCCACGAUAAUCAGAUCGUGUCAAGUGACGUGUCGGGGCUAGUGUUCUACCACCACGGGGUAAAGAGUCUUCUCGCCCGAAACUACAUAACCCAGAAGUUAUUGGGUAAUAACGAUUCGAAUGGGAUUCCAAGUCCCAAAUAUAGGAUUUACGACAUGGAUAUCUUGGCUCUUGGUAACACUCCUCAAAUCACCGAUCUGAUAGGAAUGCUAGCCGUCGUCACAGGACUGAUGGUGGCGGUUUUGUCGGUGUUUUCGAUGGAUAACCCCAAUAAUUUGUACCUUAAAACCCACUUCAAAAUGCAAGUCCCCAAAGCCGUGAAACUCACGCUGGACUCAUUGGCAUGCACGGGCUGGUUCCCGUGCAUGGAGUACGAGGGAGUGGUAUCCAAUGCCAAGUUGGCAGUUUCGUGGAACAACUGCUUGUCGAUACUUGAGGUGGACAAUGCCAUUCUUCCAGCUAACUUCGUCGGCGUCAUCAAUGACUUGCGGAGCAAAGACAAGUCGAUUCCAACGCUACCGAUCUCCCGGACUGCCAGGAAGUACUUGAAGGACCCCAUCAUUUCCUUGAAGUGGAUGUCCACCAGCUCUGUGUGCUGUUUUACCCAUAAGGAGGUUAUUAUAUUGUACUAUAAAAAUCAAGGCCAUGAAAGCCUUAAGAUCAUAGGAAAGGAGCCAUUGGGCUACGUUCCAAACAGCUUGGACUUCAAACUCAACAAGGACCAUAUCAGCCGAACUUUUAACAGCUCCAUUAAGCUUGUAAAAAUGAGAGUACUUCUUUUGAACCAAAAGCAUCACCAUUCGCAAUUGGCAAUCGGGAAACCUAUCAGUUGGAAUGAUAAGUUGGCCGAGUUGUUGGCAAAGAAAUACUACGAGGAAGCAUUGAAUGCCUGCUAUUUCUUCUAUUCUUCCAAGGGUAUUGGGGAAUUGGUUCUCUUUUCGCUCCCAGAAUCCAAGGCCAUUAGGAAGAAAUUGGUGCAUCCGUAUUUGAUGAAGAUAUUAUGGCAGUCCAUUCCACACUUCAGUAACUGUGCCGUAUACUUUAGGAUCUUGGCCACUUUGAUUGGGGAGUCAAAAGAAAUCGAUUCAGAAUUGACGGAAAUGAUCGAGAUGUUGUACGAGACAGUGUCAGAUAAAGCAGAAUUCUUUGACAGUCUUGAAAACUAUCUUAUUUCGGGGACAAUUACAACAUUGUCACCUUUGGUCUUAAAGGCGCUCGUAUCUUAUUAUGGAGAAUGUGGUAAAGGUGAACCUUUGACAGAAAUAUUGUGCACAAUCAACAUCACGUUUCUUGACAUUGACUUGACCAUCCAAGUGUGUCAAAAGAACAAGCUUGACGAAUGCUUGAUAUUCGUUUAUAAUUUCUUGAUUCACGAUUACGACACACCUUUAUUGCAUUUCUUGUCGGAGAUUCAGAACAAUCGAGUUGAUCCUCGAAACGAAUCUAAGGUUUUCAACUACUUGUCCUACAUCUUGACAGGCAGACAGUAUCCGAUUGACAAAUUUAUAGAAUAUUCAGAGGAGCAAAGAGCCAAGCUUCGGACAAUCAACAUUCUAUUCAGGCAUGAAACUGAGUUUCUUGGGAUUCAAGUGAAGGAAACAUCAAUAUUUCCUAUAUUAACGAUGCUUUUGAAGUACAAUUCCUUCGAAAUGCUUUCUACAUUGAAUGAGUUUUUCGAAGAUUCAAUUUUAAACGAGGAAAUUGAGAGUUCCAUUUCCCGUCAGUUCAUUAUAGAUGCGUUAUUGGAUAUUUAUGCUUCCAAUGACUUUUCAAAUACAGAUAAGUGCCAUCUAUCGAUAUUUGUUGGACGAAACUACUCCAAAUAUUCACAGUUCAUCAGAUUAAGUGACUCAAUUCUUAAUCAAAUUCUUGACAAUCUUUUGAAUUUCAACCAUCCGGAGAUCAAGGUCGAUUGUGAACUUGCGAUCCAAAGUUUGUUGACUGCUUUUGAGCCAUUUGAUGAAAAGAAGCUAAUUGAAAAACUCAGCUACAAAAAGUUCUACAAUGUUUUGAUAAGCAUAUACAAGGGAGAAGGAAAGUACUACAAAGUUUUACAAAUAUGGCUUAACCAACUUGAUGAAGGUCAUGCGGACUUGACCAAUGUCAAAGAUGAGCUGUUCAAUGUACUCACUGAGUGUUUUAGUAACACCAAGCUAGGUAUCGAUAAGGUGAAUCUCAACACUUUAAUCAAGGAUAACUUCGUCAAAUUGGCUACCAUUAACACGAACAACUUUGUCUACAUAAUUAACAACUAUGAGCCAUCUUUGCACAAACAGAUCCUAAAAGUCAAUGAAGGUUCAGUUGUGUUCAGCUAUUUGGAUGAAUUAUUCAAAUUGGGAUGCAACGAUUCGGAGUUGAUUGUGAAGUAUUCUGAGUGUUUGAGCCAGUUCAACUCGUCACACCUUUAUGGAUUCCUAAAGGCGAAGUACCAAUUUGUUGAAGGAAAUGACAUCCACAACUUGGAAACUAUUUUGUCAGAUGCCAAGCAGAUCAAUGCGUUGACAAUACCUCUAACCAGCGAGGGUAAAUACCAAGAGAGUUUGGACUACUUACUCGAGCAAUUGGAAAGUAUCAAAGAGCUCGAAAAGUUUGAUGAGUCGUUCAAAUUGUAUUUGCUGAUAAUCGAAUCUCCUGGUUUCUAUAGCCAACAGCAAAUGUCAACAGCCUCUCUUGCAUUGAACUUGAAUGAGCAAUAUUGGUUGAAGUUGAUAGACUGCUUGAUUGGAUUGUCCAAGGAGAUGCCUACCAUCAACGAGUUCAUCUAUAAGAGUUUCAGGAAGAUAAGUGACAUCAAGCUUAACCCCAAUGACAAAAAUGAAACGUCGUUUUUAAAGAUCUUCGACACAUUUCUUAACAAUAAUGACCAGACCACCCUCUUGAACGUCCGGAACAUCUUGAUUGAGAUCCUUAUCAGCUACAGCUAUGAGAGUGAAAUUCUCCGAUUGAGUUACAAAAUCAUCAACCAAAACAUCCACGAUAAGUUGAAUGUAAUUAAGUAUCACAACCUCAAGGGAUGGCUGAUAAGCUGCAAGCACUGCACUAACUGUGGUAAACAGCUCUACGGCUCCCACAUCGACUUGAGCAACUUCAUGGUUUGGGAACAACGACAACAAACCGUAUUGAACAUGAUGUCAGAUGUGAAAGAUGCUGAAAGCACAGACCAGUUGCGGUUGGUGUUUUUCAAGUGCAAUCAUGGUUACCACUACAAGUGUCUUCGGAACUUGAGUAGCGACACCUGUGUGGUAUGCACCCAAUAA